AGACUUCGCGCCGCUGUUCCGAGUUCCGGUCGGACCGAAAGAGGACGUCGCGACCGUCACGACCGUCGCGAGGGGACGCGAUCUGGACGAGAUCCACAGAAUCUGACAAUUCAGAGAAAAGUGCACGAAAGGCUCGAAUGGGCCGGGGCCUGCCUCCUGCGGAUGCGGCCCCGUCACUGCAGAGACCGAGGGACGCACACUUAUGAGAUGAGUGUGUGUACUCCAGUCAUUCCUCUGUCUGUGUGUCUGCGUCGAUCUGUUAGGACCCAGACCCUGCGAGCAAGCCUGUGCCUGCUUGGCUAUGGCCGUGACUGCUGCUGCCUCUUAGCUCUGGCUCUCUGACUUGCCAAACCAGUCAGGACGUGGAGCUCUAUCGGCAAUUCACGUGGUGAGUCGGUUGGCAGAGGGAGAUGUCAGUUCCUGGAAUGUUGAUAGUUGCUGCCUGAUCGACAGUUUUCCUCCUGACUCUCAAAGGUGAUGCGAUCCACUAGCUGAGCUGGGAUGAGUUGAACCCGACUGGACUGUCAUGAAGGCCUGGAUCCGGCCGGAGUCGCGAGGGCCGCGGGUCAAUUCUGCUUGUUGGAUGUCAGCUCGAUUGUUGUCACUUGUGGUUUAACGAAGCAAAUCUUCGGAUUCGUUUGUCUGCUUGCUCCUCCUCUCCGUGGAGUUUUGCACAAGCCGCGUCGGGGAGAUGUUGGACUGCCAUGCAUAGUCUACUAGUCCUCUCAGUCCCACCAUGGAUCACAUGACCUGCUGACUCUAGGACUCACUCUGUCGACAAGCUGCGCAACAUAAGCCGGACUGACCUGAAGCCCGACUUGUGAGGAUGGCCUCCCAAUCACUCGUUGCCGCAACAGGGGUCGUAUGCGGAGGAUGUGUGGCGCAACAACUGGCACUGACCAAGGCCUCAUUCUCUUUCGCUGGUGCUAGUCAAACAGUAUCCCGCUCUUUUGGAGCUCGCCUCAGACAUUCCAUCGGCAUCAGCCGCCCAUGGAUUUCCAAAAGGGAUGGUAGCAAUCCGUACCAUAGGGGUCUGCAAGUGUGGGCAGAGGGCAAGACGGAUGGUGCGUCUACAUCCACCGAGAUGAAGAACCCACAGACCAUUGAGGAAGCCAUCAGUCAGGCAAGGGGGGCAGUUCAGAAGGCCAUAGCUGAUGGCCUGCUGCGGCAGCAGGUGCAGUUUCUUCUGCCGGUGGAUCAACGGCAAUUUAACUAUCUGGAUACUGAACCCAGAGACUAUCCUUGCGGUAUAAGAGAAGAGUUUCAAGCAUGCUGCAAGGUGGUGACUGGUAUGUUCAAAGAGAUGACAGGAAACGGAGAGAUUGUUUCAAGGCGCAUCGGUGAGGCCGACAAUGAGCAGGAUCCCGUGGGUCUCAUGUACCCCACGAGCAAAUCGGUCGCCGCUAUCAUCUUCCCCAUUGCAGAGACAUUGAAGCAGGUGCGUUCGCUUGCCGAGAAAGAGCGGGCGCCACUCUUGAUCGUCAAUCCACAGUGGCGUUCAUCAGGGCAAGUGGUGUCGGAUUUUGGAUUCGGGCCGUGGAGAAGACAGGCCGAGGAGUUCGUCAACACGUUUGAGAAAACGUAUGUCUUACUAGAGAUGCGAGUUGGAGAAGCGUCCAACAUCGUUUCUGGCACAGGAGGUGUCGUUAGGAUACUGAAAUGCUACCCGAGGAACUGGGAAGUCUACUUGAUGGCGUGGGAUGGCACGAGCGAGCUCAUUGCAGACACUCCGACACAACCAGCCUACAAAGAACUCGAGCAGAUUGUGACGGAGGCGAGGAAGAGGAUCCCCUGGAAAGCUCCACCGAGAAUUCUGGGAGGGUCGGAGCCUGCUCCUCCUCCUCUGCCGGCGUCGCUGUCGGGCGCCUUGUCGGUCGAGCAGAUCGAUGAGAUGGAUGUGACGGCGGUGAGGCGUGCGUUGAUGGCACUGGGCCUUCCGAGUUCGGGACGACUGAGCACUCUCAAGGAGCGCCUCAUAGAAGCUCAGAAGAAGUGAAGGGCCGUGGCCAGCCGUUUGGUACAAGAGCACCACCGCUUGUGCCUGUACCUGUACUUGUAGCCAUAACGUCGCUCUUUAGCCUUCGCAUGUGUACGUUCCGCCGCGCAUCUCGAUCCAGAGCUUUUUGGAGCAUGUGUUUGACGUUGACGGAUGCCAGGUUCUCUGCGAGAAUGAAGGUGCCUUGCAGCGAUUUGAGGUUUGCUGGACUCGGGGGAGUGGGGUACUAUUUAUGCCCUGCGGACGUGAAUCUCGUACGCACCAACGUGCGAUUAGAAAGGAUAGUGAGAGAAAGAUUAUAUCCCGCCGCUUAGGAAGUGUUCUGUCAUGUCAAUUGCAGUGUGAUGUUGAAAGACAUCUUUCUUCCUAAGAGAGUUGAGCGUUUCGACAAUUGUCUUCAUUAAGGGGUCUCAACUCCGAACGAAGAUUCAUGGUAGUGGACACUUCGAUCCGGUAAGUGCAUGACGUAUUUCGCAUUCAACACAUUUCCUCCUCAAUGCGUAUCCCAGAAUUGCAGCUACAGGGGAAAGUUGUCAAGCAUCCAACAGCCCGGUAAAAAAUUCAAGCUUCAAGCAAGGGUGAAGCAAUCCCCAUCAAGGGCUCAGACUUAACAUCUUAAAUCUUAGAUCUUGGAUCUUUGAGUUAGAAAAACAAGACCGGUUUCUUCAAUUCUAUCCAACUCACAGAGCUAUGAUAUGAAUUUGAAACUAUCUCCCUACUCUUGAAGAUCGGAUGAUCAAAUCAAAAUUUCAUUGAAGUUCUUCUCUCAUAUUGAGUUGUAAUUUGAGUAAUAAGGGUAUUACCUGGCGGAAGAUGCCAUUCACUUUCAUAUAUACACGUGCCGAACAUACGAGAACGGGUU